AUGCCAAGGCCGAAAGCGACGAAAGUGGUUGGUGUUCUGGCGCUCCAAGGCGCCUUUAAAGAGCAUGCUGAAUUGGUGGAAACGUGUGUUCACGAACAUGGUUACCCUAUAACGGUGUGUGAGGUGAAGACCCGGGAGGAGUUGGAACGGUGCGAUGCGCUGAUCAUCCCCGGCGGGGAGUCCACGGCAAUAUCUCUUAUCGCACAGAGAUGUGGCCUCUUUGAACACCUUCAGAAGUUUGUCCAAGAUCCGGCUAAGGCGGUAUGGGGAACUUGCGCGGGCCUCAUAUUUUUGGCUCGGGAGAUAACCAGCGAUGAGAAGUUGAUUCGCCCGCUGGGGGUAUUGCACGUUGCCGUGCAGCGCAACGCUUUUGGGCGUCAAUCACAUUCUUUUGUGGCACAGUGCAAUUUUUCUUCGUUUAUGACACCCAAUAAGCAUACAAGCAAGACAGGCCCAUUCUCUACCGUGUUCAUCCGUGCUCCGGUGAUUGACCGCGUGCUGGAUCCGGAGAAGGUCCAGGUUCUGUACGAGAUUGACACUCCUGCAGGCGACAACCUGGUGGUUGCAGUUAGGCAAAGCAAUAUUCUCGGCACGUCGUUCCAUCCAGAACUUGCGGACGACCACCGCUUCCACGACUGGUUUUUGCGCGACUUUGUCAUAAAAGAAUGA